AUGUCAAAGAAAUUCUUGGUCUAUAAAGGAGGCAUUCUGGUUUAUCUCCAAACAUAAUCCAUUUUUUUUAAGCUGGAAGAACGGACCUGUUUGAGACCAAUCAAUUAAACCAUAAAUGAACAAUGGCGCAGACGAAUGAAAGACAAAUAAACGAUACCUCUAGUAAGGCCUCAGCGAGCCUUGCCGAGCCCAAGGGGAAGCGGCCCCCAGUGCUUGUGGACGGCGUGACUCUGAACGGCCCCACGCUGGACAUCCGGGAAGCAGAGAGCUUCCUCAGAGAUGCCAUGCCCAUCAUCAUGGAGGAGGCCGUCUGGAAGGCUACUGACAUCAAGGAGAAGGUGUGCGAGUGGCGCUCUCCAGAGCAGCUGAAGGACCUGUUAGACCUAGAGCUGAGGGAAGGAGGCGAGACACAUCCCCAGAUACUGCAGCGCUGUCGGGAUGCCAUCCGAUACAGUGUCAAGACCGGACAUCCUCUGUUCUUCAACCAGCUCUAUGCAGGCAUGGACCCUUAUUCACUAGUGGGCCGAUUCAUCACAGAAGCUAUCAACCCCAGUCUGUACACAUACGAGGUGGCUCCAGUGUUCCUGCUGACAGAGGAGGCGGUUCUGAAGAAGAUGAUAGAGAUCAUUGGAUGGCAGGAAGGAGGAGACGGCAUCUUCAGCCCAGGUGGCUCUGUGUCCAACAUGUAUGCUGUGAACGUGGCCAGGUACCACCACUGUCCUGAUGUGAAGGUGUUGGGCCUGUCUGCCUUGCCUAGACUGGUCAUGUUUACAUCACAGGAGUGUCAUUACUCUGUUGCCAAAGCAGCAGCUUUCCUGGGAAUUGGCACCAACAAUGUUUAUGUGAUCCCGUCAGAUAAGAGAGGGAAGAUGAUUCCAGCGGAGUUUGAGAAGCAAGUACAGAGAGCCAAAGAUGAGGGAGCGUUGCCCUUCAUGGUGAACGCCACAGCAGGGACCACCGUACUAGGGGCCUUCGACCCGCUGGAGGAGAUAGCUGACAUCUGUGAACGACACAAUCUAUGGAUGCAUGUAGAUGUAAGUGGAUCUUCAUUAAAGAUC